GCUGUUGUCGUCUUUGUUUGUAUCUGCUGGCUUUAGGGUUCGUUCUUUUUUACUCUUUUGGAUCUCAUUCUCUUCUCUUAUCUUCCUCUUCAAAUCCACAUCCGAAUCCAAUCCGCAAUCAAAAUCAAUUCUUGGGUUUCAUUCACCAGGGUUUUUGAUUUGGGUGCUAAAUUGAAAGUCUCUUCACGGAGAGGAACUAAUCAAAGCAAUUAUUAGAUAUAUCUGAUUGUGGACUUACAUUUGUGGAAUUUGAAGUAAGUUAUUGUUUUUGAACCAAAGGGGCAAAUUUAGAGUUUGAAGUAGGAAUUGUUGGCUACUGUGGAAAACAAGAGGAAAAAGUGUGGAUUGUGAUGAGUACAAAAACAUCAUGGGCUGACAUGGCUGCCAACUCUGCAGCCGAGAAUGUAACUUCUGCUAGCAACGGUGCUGUUGGUACCACUUCAGCUCCUGCACGAUCUACAUAUGUUCCUCCUCACCUUCGAAACCGCCCAGCGUCAUCAGAUCGCCCAGCAUCAUCGGAUUCUACUGCCCAAGCAUACAAUGGACCUGUGACAACUAAUGAUCGAUCUGGAUAUGGUGGUGGGUCCCGAUGGGCUGGUACCAGAAAUGACUAUAAUCGUUCUGGCUAUGGUGGUGGACGUGCUGGUGGAUGGGGCGGCAGAAGCGGUGGGUGGGAUCGUGGGAGGGAGCGGGAAGUUAACCCUUUUGGAGAUGAUGACGAUACAGAGGAGGCUUUUACUGAACAAGAGAAUACUGGCAUUAACUUUGAUGCAUAUGAGGAUAUCCCAGUGGAAACAAGUGGUGAUAAUGUACCUCCCCCAGUGAACACUUUUGCUGAGGUUGACUUGGGUGAGGCGCUUAAUCUGAACAUCCGGAGGUGCAAGUAUGUGAAGCCGACUCCUGUGCAGCGUCAUACCAUUCCAAUCUCCCUGGCAGGUCGAGACCUUAUGGCAUGUGCCCAGACUGGUUCUGGCAAGACUGCUGCCUUCUGCUUUCCUAUUAUCAGUGGAAUUAUGAAGGGACAGCCACCACAGAGGCCACUUCGUGGUGCACGGACUGUUUAUCCUCUUGCUCUCAUUCUUUCUCCUACUAGGGAGCUUUCAAUGCAAAUACACGAUGAAGCUAAGAAGUUCUCAUAUCAAACAGGGGUUAAGGUAGUUGUUGCUUAUGGAGGAGCACCAAUUAACCACCAGCUGCGGGAGCUGGAGAGAGGUGUUGAUAUUCUUGUGGCUACACCUGGAAGGUUGGUUGAUUUGCUGGAGAGGGCUAGAGUUUCUCUGCAACUGAUCAAGUAUCUUGCUCUAGACGAGGCAGAUCGAAUGUUAGAUAUGGGUUUUGAGCCGCAGAUAAGAAAAAUUGUUGAACAAAUGGAUAUGCCUCCGGCAGGUGUAAGACAGACAAUGCUUUUCAGUGCCACCUUUCCUAAAGAAAUACAGAGACUAGCCUCUGACUUCCUUGCAAAUUACAUCUUUUUGGCUGUUGGACGAGUGGGUUCAAGUACUGAUUUGAUUGUCCAAAGAGUUGAAUUUGUUCACGAGUCUGACAAAAGAAGUCAUCUCAUGGACCUUCUUCAUGCACAGAGGGAAAAUGGUGUUCAGGGAAAGCAAGCUCUUACUUUAGUUUUUGUGGAGACGAAAAAGGGAGCUGAUGCUUUGGAAAAUUGGUUGUACGUUAAUGGAUUCCCUGCAACUACCAUCCAUGGUGAUAGAUCACAGCAGGAAAGAGAAAUGGCAUUGAGAUCUUUCAAAAGUGGAAACACUCCAAUCUUGGUAGCAACUGACGUAGCAGCACGUGGUCUUGAUAUCCCCCAUGUUGCUCAUGUGGUCAACUUUGAUCUCCCAAAUGAUAUCGAUGAUUAUGUCCACCGUAUUGGAAGAACAGGUCGAGCCGGGAAAUCAGGUUUGGCUACUGCCUUCUUCAAUGAGAACAAUGCUUCAUUGGCAAAGGCAUUAGCUGAUUUAAUGCAAGAAUCCAAUCAAGAAGUACCUGCUUGGUUAUCCCGGUAUGCAGCAGCUCGUUCCUUUGGUGGGCGGAAUCGGCGUUCUGGGGGAGGUCGGUUUGGUGGCCGUGACUACCGAAGGGAUGGCUCUUCUGGUAGAGGUGGUUCUGAUUACUACAGUGGAGGUGGUGGUGGGGGUGCUGGUGGAUAUGGUGGUUCUACUGGGUAUGGUAGUUCUGCUGGGUAUGGUGGUGGAGGAUAUGGUCCAGGCAUGUCCAGCGCGUGGGAUUGACAGUCAGCCCACAUCACAGUACUUAGUGUCUAGUUGGUGCGGACAAUCUCUUAUCAGGUCUAUUUCUUUUUGGUUUUGUUUUUUUGUUAGUGUUCUAGCGGAUGUGUUUUAUACUAUUAGGAGUGUUUAUCACAGUUAUUAGGGAGGGGAUGUAAGUUUGGGUUUGGUGUUGCAGGAGUAGAGUUGUGUGUAAUGUUGGUAGGUUCCCGGUUUCUAACAGAGUAGGUAUUAUUUCACGCUCUUCUUCGUCUAUCCUCUUUCCAUUUUGCUGGUAAUUUGAUUAGAUGAUGUUGGGUUGUAGAAUAUGUAGUGGGAGAGGGAGAGGGUUUCGUUUCGCUUUGUUCGGCCGCUUUCUUUUUACGUCUCAUAGGCAUGUUCAUUUCAACCCAGUUUGUGGGGGUAAAUUGUUGAGGCUCUCUUGUCUUGCCAUUUUCUCCAGCUCUUCUUUCUUAUUGAAAAGGAAUUUAAAAGGCUUUGUAAUAUUUUGGUGGUGACUGACUGAAAUAAAUCCAAAUCUUUUCAGACAGUGAAUGUUUCAAGUUUACUUUCAGCCCUUCCCCUGGAAAAAACAGAAAAUUAUAGAUCUCUUUAUACAUCUUUUUUUGAGUCGCUUAUUAUUUGCA